AAUAAGUUGUGUAUUGAGCGAUAACAGAUUUAAAAAUACAACUAUGGGAGAAAACAUUGAAUUUUUGGACAUGAUAGCUAUGGCAGAGGAUAAGUUUCAAAAAGAAGGUUUUAGUGAAGGAUUUUCAACAGGAGAACAUCGAGGCUUUGGAGAUGCUUUUCUUUUAGGCGUUAAACAAGCUAGUUCUUGCGCUGCAGAGAUUGGAUUUUAUCGAGGAUUUUGCCUUGAAUGCCGCAAGCGAUUAUCAAAUCAUAAUAUGUCGGAUACAAAAUUAAAAAUAUGCCAAGAUAUUCUUGAUACAUUGGAACCAAUCGAUUUAUCUAAUUGCGAUUUUGAUAAUAUGUUAGAGAGUUUACAAACUUGCCAAGCAAAAUUCAAGCGACUUUGCGCAUUAAUGAAGAUCUCAACACAAAGCAGUCGAAAUAGUAUGAAUGCUGAUAUGUCUUUCUAA